AUGGAAAAGAAUAAGGAUACAGUAGAUAACGUUAUUGAAAUUAAAUCAGAAGUGAAUGCUAAUAAUAUACAAGAAGAUACUCGAAUUACCUGCAGAGAGGACCUGAUUCCGUACUUCGAAGCCUGGGAUAACAACGUUAAUAAAGUUCAUUUAUCGGAGGUACCGCAAAUAUGCAAAGAUGAGCCGUGCCAGCUCGGCAUCGAUGAGGCUGGGCGUGGGCCAGUUUUGGGACCCAUGGUUUAUGGAGUUUCUUACGCUCCGUUGUCGCAGAAGCAACUUCUCGUAGACCUGGGCUGCGCAGAUUCCAAGACCUUGACCGAGGAGAAAAGAGACGCGAUUUUUGACAAAAUUUGCAAACACAAUGAUACAAUGGGUUGGGCCGUGGAAGUGAUAUCGCCUAACAUUAUCGCGAAUAGCAUGUAUCGUCGCUGCAAAACAUCCUUGAAUGAGGUGUCUAUGGUCUCCGCGAUCGACUUAGCUAAACAAGUGAUCGAGGCUGGCGCGUGGAUCAAGGAGAUCUAUGUGGACACGGUAGGCCCGCCAGAAAAGUAUCAAGCCAGGCUAGAGCAGAUUUUUCCGGGUCUGAAGAUAGUCGUUGCAAAGAAGGCUGAUUCCACGUAUCCUAUUGUCAGUGCGGCCAGUAUCUGCGCCAAAGUCUCCCGUGAUCACGCAAUAUCAUCUUGGCAAUUCCUCGAAGGCUCGAUCAAAGGGGGAUACGCAAGUGGAUAUCCAAACGAUCCAGAGACGAAGAAGUGGUUGUCGGAGAACGUGGACCCUGUAUUCGGGUUCCCGCGUAUUGUCAGAUUCAGCUGGUCUACCGCCGAGAAGAUCCUGAAUUCGCAGGCCCUGUCAGUAGAGUGGGAAGAAGUGGAAGAAGAAGGAGAAACCGGAGAGCAAAAGAUCUCCAACUUCUUCGCCAGAUCGCCUGCCAGGUCUUGCCAGCCUCAGAAAAAGCGGCACGCGUUCUUUACCGAGAGAUGUCUCUUCAGUACUUCUACUUUAUGACCU